AUGCCGUCACCAACAGGUCGUGGUCCAGUCGCUCGGCCUUCAUAUCCUACCGCUGGCCCAUCCGGCACCGCAUACCACCCUCACGCAUCACCCGCAAUCGUCGAGAGCGCUGACCCAUUCGGCACCGCAUACCACCCUCACGCAUCACCCGCAAUCGUCGAGAGCGCUGGCCCAUCCGGCACCGCAUACCACCCUCACGCAUCACCCGCAAUCGUCGAGAGCGCUGACCCAUCCGGCACCGCAUACCACCCUCACGCAUCACCCGCAAUCAUCGAGAGCCCUCGCCCUGCCGCCAAGAAGAGACGUACCGAACGCUACAAUCAGCGCUACAACACGGUCGAUGCAAGUGAUAUGGAGCAAGAACAAGAUGCGCCUGCUCGGAGCCGCCCCUCACCUGAAGUCGAAUCCAUAGAUUUCGCUCCGCUCCGCUCAGCAACCAGCACUGCUGCAGAUACAGUUCACGCUCACGAUCAUCAACAAAACGCUGCUCAGAUCGAACCCCAGAGAGUAACUCACGGCAUUACAUUCGUGCCUGAAGACAACCCGGAAGAUGAGAUCAUCUGUGUCCCGAGAGGACUGUCUCCCCGCGCAGAACACUUCCAUCGUGCGGAUACAUCCGAACCGAUCGGAACCGCACGAGUCAUCCAGCUCCGACGUGUGGUCCGGCUGAACGGCCAAAUAACCAGUUCCGGCGGAGCAAUGCCCUCCAAGCAGGUCGACAAGGAAGCUGAUAUGCUAUACAUCGCUAUGGACUCGUCAUCGCUCAGCAAGGACAACGACGCCGCCGCCUCGGGUCCGUCAGGGUACGGAAAAGCUGGACAUGAGAUGGAAAACAACAAGGAGAAUGAGGGACCGGAUGAAGUUGAAGAAAAGAAGGCUUGCGGAGGAUCUGACGCGGCAGGAAACCCGGGCCAGGUUGCUGAGGUCAUUGGAGAGGUCUAG